CCCUCUCCCGGAAGCAACGACCUAAGCCACGCCCCAUUAAAUGUAGUUGGUUCCUCGGCGUGCAUGGGUUCUAUGGAUCGCAUGUGCGAGGAGAGUCCCGCGGAGAAUUCAAGCAAUGAAGAGGAAGACCUUGACUCCACGAAGGCAGCACCCCGGAUCCGUGAUACCCCAGAAGACAUCGUGCUGGAAGCGCCAGCCAGUGGCCUGGCGUUCCAUCCCACUCGAGACCUGCUGGCGGCAGGGGACGUAGACGGGGACGUGUUCGUCUUUUCAUACUCUUGUCAGGAGGGAGAAACCAAGGAACUCUGGUCCUCGGGACACCACCUCAAGUCCUGCAGAGCCGUUGUCUUCUCAGAGGAUGGGCAGAAACUUGUUACUGUCUCUAAGGACAAAGCAAUCCAUAUAUUAGAUGUCGAACAGGGACAGUUGGAAAGACGCAUUUCCAAGGCUCACGGUGCCCCCAUUAAUAGUCUGCUGCUUGUGGAUGAGAAUGUUCUAGUCACUGGGGAUGACACAGGUGGCAUCCGGCUCUGGGACCAGCGAAAAGAGGGCCCUUUAAUGGAUAUGCGGCAGCAUGAGGAGUACAUCGCUGACAUGGCUCUAGGCCCAGCCAAAAAGCUGCUGCUGACAGCCAGUGGGGAUGGCUGCCUUGGUGUCUUCAACAUCAAGAGACGCCGUUUGGAGUUACUCUCGGAGCCUCAGUCAGGCGAUCUGACCUCCGUCACCCUCAUGAAAUAUGGGAAGAAGGUGGCCUGUGGAUCUAGUGAAGGUACCAUCUACCUCUUCAACUGGAAUGGUUUUGGGGCGACAAGUGACCGCUUUGCCCUGAGAGCAGAGUCCAUCGACUGCAUGGUUCCGGUCACUGAGAAUCUGCUGUGCACUGGCUCCACGGAUGGCAUCAUUAGGGCUGUGAACAUCCUGCCAAACCGAGUGGUAGGCACCGUGGGCCAGCAUGCUGGGGAGCCUGUGGAGGCACUAGCCCUAUCCCACUGCGGCCAGUUUUUGGCCAGUAGUGGCCACGACCAGCGACUCAAAUUUUGGAACAUGACUCAGCUGCGAACUGUGGUUGUGGACGAUUAUCGGCGACGCAAGAAAAAGGGAGGGCCCCUCCGUGCUCUGAGCAGUAAGGCCUGGAGCACUGACGACUUCUUUGCAGGGUUGAGAGAAGAUGGAGAGGAUGCCAAGGCUCCAGAGGAGGUACUGAAGGAGAGCGAUAAUGACAGUGACUGAGCUGAGGCCAUGAGGAGAAUGUCAGGACAAGGAGCUAUGUUUUCUGGGACAGCCCCUAAAGAAAUGUUUUUUGAUGCUGUGGAUUGAACCUACAACCUUGAGUAUAAGCUUAGAUCUACCACUGAUCCCCCCAGCCCCCCAACAGGAAUUUCCAAUACUCUGUUGUAUAAAUUCAUGGCCCCAAAGUGGGAAAGUAUUUGCUCACCCUACCAUUGUAAAACAAACUGUUAUGGUAAGACAGCACAGACAGACAUGUGAAUACCAACCAGGGGUUUAAUAUAAAUACAACCAGUAUAGAAAAAGACAUAUAAGCCCAAAUCAGUGGCAAGUGGUGGAAGGAAGGGCCUUUGGCUCAAAUAAAAACAAAGAUUCAUAGUAAA